AUGGGAACAUGUUAUAAGUCCCCACCUGACCAACAUGUAAACAACCCUCGAAUACGUGCAAAUGGAACAUGCUAUAAGUCCCCACCUGACCAACAUGUAAACAACCCUCGAAUACGUGCAAAUGGAACAUGCUAUAAGUCCCCACCUGACCAACAUGUAAACAACCCUCGAAUACGUGCAAAUGGAACAUGCUAUAAGUCCCCACCUGACCAACAUGUAAACAACCCUCUAAUACGUGCAAAUGGAACUCGCGAUAAGUCCCCACCUGACCAACAUGUAAACAACCCUCGAAUACGUGCAAAUGGAACUCGCGAUAAGUCCCCACCUGACCAACAUGUAAACAACCCUCGAAUACGUGCAAAUGGAACAUGCUAUAAGUCCCCACCUGACCAACAUGUAAACAACCCUCGAAUACGUGCAAAUGGAACAUGCUAUAAGUCCCCACCUGACCAACAUGUAAACAACCCUCUAAUACGUGCAAAUGGAACUCGCGAUAAGUCCUCACCUGACCAACAUGUAAACAACCCUCGAACACGUGCAAAUGGAACUCGCGAUAAGUCCCCACCUGACCAACAUGUAAACAACCCUCGAAUACGUGCAAAUGGAACUCGCUAUAAGUCCCCACCUGACCAACAUGUAAACAACCCUCGAAUACGUGCAAAUGGAACUCGCGAUAAGUCCCCACCUGACCAACAUGUAAACAACCCUCGAAUACGUGCAAAUGGAACAUGCUAUAAGUCCCCACCUGACCAACAUGUAAACAACCCUCGAAUAAGUGCAAAUGGAACAUGCUAUAAGUCCCCGCCUGACCAACAUGUAAACAACCCUCGAAUACGUGCAAAUGGAACAUGCUAUAAGUCCCCACCUGACCAACAGAUAAACAAUCCUCGAAUACGUGCAAAUGGAACAUGCUAUAAGUCCCCACCUGACCAACAUAUAAACAACCCUCUAAUACGUGCAAAUGGAACAUGCUAUAAGUCCCCACCUGACCAACAUGUAAACAACCCUCUAAUACGUGCAAAUGGAACAUGCUAUAAGUCCCCACCUGACCAACAGAUAAACAACCCUCUAAUACGUGCAAAUGGAACAUGCUAUAAGUCCCCACCUGACCAACAUGUAAACAACCCUCGAAUACGUGCAAAUGGAACAUGCUAUAAGUCCCCACCUGACCAACAGAUAAACAACCCUCUAAUACGUGCAAAUGGAACAUGCUAUAAGUCCCCACCUGACCAACAGAUAAACAAUCCUCUAAUACGUGCAAAUGGAACAUGCUAUAAGUCCCCACCUGACCAACAUGUAAACAACCCUCGACACGUGCAAAUUGAACAUCGCUAUAAGUCCCCACCUGACCAACAUGUAAACAACCCUCGAAUACGUGCAAAUGGAACUCGCGAUAAGUCCUCACCUGACCAACAUGUAAACAACCCUCGAAUACGUGCAAAUGGAACAUGCUAUAAGUCCCCACCUGACCAACAUGUAAACAACCCUCGAAUACGUGCAAAUGGAACUCGCUAUAAGUCCCCACCUGACCAACAUGUAAACAACCCUCGAAUACGUGCAAAUGGAACAUGCUAUAAGUCCCCACCUGACCAACAUGUAAACAACUCUCGAAUACGUGCAAAUGGAACAUCGCUAUAUGUCCCCACCUGA